GCAUUGAACAGCAGUUAUCUAUAAUGAUUGAGUGUUGUUAUGUUAAUUGAAGCGUGAAGUGAUUGACAACCAACGAUAUUAUACCACUGUCGCUUGUCUCUUCCUAUCUGUUGACCAAGCAAGGUUUAAUGACCAUUCUGCCACACAACUCUACAUAGACCAUCGUUAUGGAAGGAGUUUAUAUUUUACCAUAUAUUACCUGUUUAUGUUUACUUCAUCAAGUUUCGUUUGGAUACAAUAUUUCGUAUGUUCAGCAUGACAUCAAGGGCGAAUGUUGGCAACGAAUCUCAAAUGUUGGUGGCAUCAUCUUCUCACACGCUGGUCACCAUAGUUACGCUGACAAUUCCGACUGCAAAAUAACCAUAGUAACGAAGCCCGGACUAAGGAUAGCAAUCCGUUUCGACAGCUUUGACAUCAAGGACUCUGUUAACUGCUAUCAGGAUGAAGUCUUGGUGUAUGAUGGGGCAGCGUUCUCCAGCCUUACGCUGAGUGGGACUAUGCGCGGACUAUGCGGAACCACCGUCCCGUCAGACUACGAACACAUCGUUAGUACGGGCAAUGAGAUGACAAUUCGCUUUAUCACUGACAACAAUAUUUCAAAAAACAUUGGUUUUACUAUUGUUUAUACCACAAUAUAUCCGGAUUACACUUCAGAAGAUUGUUUCUCCUGCAAUGAAAAUGCCAUGUGUAUUCAUAAGGACCUGAAAUGUGACGGCCUUCCUAAUUGCAAUGACGGAAGUGACGAAACAAAUAGUCUCUGUAGCCCUCCAACAGAAAAACCGAUUGUGAUAGAUGACGGUUGGAUGACCUGGAUGGGAACAGCAUUCGGCGUCGCCUUAGCAUUUGCCAUUGUAUUCCUCUUGCUCAUCACUCUGAUUAUCUGUACCUGCUGUGGGUGCAACGAACCAGCCGGUCACGGAGAUGUCAGCGAUUCACAGAGCUACGAGGCUGCCAUCGAACCGAUGAUCAUUCCCAGACCGAAUUCCCUUCAAUAUAUAUCAGUUGGCUGCAGUGAGUGUGGCGUGAACCAGAAAUUUCCUACGUUAACAGAAAGACCUGACCACCAAUUCUCAGACUUAUUCAUACAACCAAUGCGACCAGAUAUGCGAUAUUUAUCUGCAAACACGUUAAUUACCACAGAUGAACAUUAUGUUGAACUUCCACCUGAACAUAUAUGAUGGUUGAGAUAGGCCUAUGUUUGCCUUUCGCAACUUUUAUUAUAAAUGUUUUUUGAAAAAGUUUCCAUUGGAAUUUACAUUGCAAAGAGUUGUUGUCGUGCGUCCAGCUAACACGAUGGUAUGGAAAGAACACGGGGUGUUGAUGUGAUUAUACCUUAUGUCCAAAAACAAUGAAAAUGUGCAAAAGCGAAAAGAGGAAAAACGUAACAUUUGGUUAAUUAACCAGAGGCUAUUUAAUGGUAAUGGCGGGGGUACUGAUCAAGAUGACAAUUGGGAAUGUGGGUUGGUCGCAUUGACAACUUAUGUGAAUGACGAACGGUUCUCUGUUGUGGUGGUGAUAUUAUUCAUGUUGGCAUAGGCCCUACAUUUAAAACAUUCCAGAUCACUUAUUACACAACUAUCGUCUGCACCGUUCAUGACUUUAGUAGAGUUCAGUAAUUUGUAUUAUCCUCAGUCUUGCUUGCCGUAUCCAUUAAUGUGCCUAACGUCAUGUACUGUGUUUAUUUUGCCUUCUAAAUAUUGAUCCCAAAUCCCAAGUCGCUUUACAGAUAGCUUUGUUGCCCAAAGGCCCUGUCACCGUCUUGUGACAUGCUAAUAGUAAUUUUUGUGCAUGCGUGGAAAUAUAUAUAGGCCUAGGUCUAAGGGAGUCAUCACAAUCAGGUAAUAAUUGAUUGAUGCCAAUUACGCUGUGUUGGUAUAUAAUCAUAAUUAAAUCAUUGUGGCGCGUUGUUCUUGGGCUAUGUGAAUGGCAGGAACAACCCGUCAUAUUAAAUUGGAUAUAUACAACUCUAAUUAAGCAGUCAAAUUAACCAAUUGGUGUCAUUAUAUUCCUACCAAUAAACACAUUAAUAAACAAAAAAUCUAUACUUGCUUCCUAAAGUUUAUAAAAAAAGUCAAAAAUGCAUAAAAAUACCUCUCUGCGAUAGAAAAUGUAAUAAUUCGUCCGUGUGCGAGCACUGUAUGGAUUUUAGUUCUUCAACUUCUGCUUAAAGUAUUCGUCAAUGUGGUAAUGCAAUAUUUUAGACAUUGUAAGCAGGUUAGAAUAUUAUUCGCAUAUCCUUGUUUUUACAUUUAUAGCAAUUACUAUAUAAUAAAGAUUUUAAAGGGUCCAAGAAAAACCGGUUAUUUUGUUGAUCUAUCUAUCUUGGGGGAAUAUUCUCAUUCAUGUACAGAUAAUGAAUAUUUCAAAAAUGUACUUAUAACAUAAAAGUGUAAAUUAGAUAUGAGAAAAAAUUAUAAAAGAAAUAUUAUUGUAAAUAUUAUCUGAGAUUAUAUGUAGUGUUGCCAAUAGUUGUAUGCACAGUAUUAUAAGCAAUAAAAUGAAAAAAAAG